UACCAGGUAGUGACCCCCUCCUCCAGCGGCUCGGGCUUGCAGCCCCAGGGGCCGGGCCAGGGCCCGCAGCAGCAGCUCAUACCCAAGAAGAAGCGGCAGCGGUUCGUGGACAAGAACGGCCGGUGCAAUGUGCAGCACGGCAACCUGGGCAGCGAGACGAGCCGCUACCUCUCGGACCUCUUCACCACACUGGUGGACCUCAAGUGGCGCUGGAAUCUUUUUAUCUUCAUCCUCACCUACACCGUGGCCUGGCUCUUCAUGGCGUCCAUGUGGUGGGUGAUCGCUUACACUCGGGGCGACCUGAACAAAGCCCACGUCGGCAACUACACGCCCUGCGUGGCCAAUGUUUAUAACUUCCCCUCUGCCUUCCUCUUCUUCAUUGAAACCGAGGCCACCAUCGGCUAUGGCUAUCGAUACAUCACCGACAAGUGCCCCGAGGGCAUCAUCCUCUUCCUCUUCCAAUCUAUCCUGGGCUCCAUCGUGGACGCCUUCCUCAUCGGCUGCAUGUUCAUCAAAAUGUCCCAGCCCAAGAAGCGAGCCGAGACCCUCAUGUUUAGCGAGCACGCGGUGAUCUCCAUGAGGGACGGAAAACUCACGCUCAUGUUCCGGGUGGGCAACCUGCGCAACAGCCACAUGGUCUCUGCGCAGAUCCGCUGCAAGCUUCUCAAAUCUCGACAGACACCUGAGGGGGAGUUCCUUCCCCUCGACCAACUUGAACUGGAUGUAGGUUUUAGCACAGGGGCAGAUCAACUUUUUCUUGUGUCCCCUCUCACAAUUUGCCACGUGAUCGAUGCCAAAAGCCCCUUUUAUGACUUAUCGCAGAGAAGCAUGCAAACUGAACAGUUCGAGAUUGUCGUCAUCCUAGAAGGCAUUGUGGAAACAACUGGGAUGACUUGUCAAGCUCGAACAUCAUACACCGAAGAUGAAGUUCUUUGGGGUCAUCGCUUUUUCCCUGUAAUUUCUUUAGAAGAAGGAUUCUUUAAAGUUGAUUACUCUCAGUUCCAUGCAACAUUUGAAGUCCCUACUCCACCUUACAGCGUGAAAGAGCAAGAAGAAAUGCUUCUCAUGUCAUCCCCUUUAAUAGCACCAGCCAUAACUAACAGCAAAGAAAGGCACAAUUCUGUGGAGUGCUUAGAUGGACUAGAUGAUAUUAGCACAAAACUUCCAUCAAAGCUGCAGAAAAUCACUGGAAGAGAAGACUUCCCCAAAAAACUAUUGAGGAUGAGUUCAACAACUUCAGAAAAAGCCUACAGCUUGGGAGAUUUGCCCAUGAAACUUCAACGAAUAAGUUCGGUUCCUGGAAACUCAGAAGAAAAACUGGUAUCUAAAACGACCAAGAUGUUAUCUGACCCUAUGAGUCAGUCUGUGGCUGAUUUGCCACCAAAGCUUCAAAAGAUGGCUGGCGGAGCAACUAGGAUGGAAGGAAAUCUUCCAGCCAAAUUAAGAAAAAUGAACUCUGAUCGCUUCACAUAACAAAACACCCCUUUAGGCAUUAUUUAAUGUUUUGAUUUAGGUAUAGUCCAAUAUUUGGCUGAUGAGAUAAUCCUCCCGAACAAAUUUGAAAGGUUCAUUUUCCCCCAGUUCAAUAAGCAUAUUUGAGAACUCUCCAUUCCCAAGUAUUGCAAUUGUGCAAUAAACAAAAGUUAAGAAGGGAGGACAUUAUGAGGAAGUCAUUAAUGGGCAUGUAUAAUCACAUCAAGCAUGCAAUAAUGUGCAAAUUUUGCAUUUAGUUUUACGGCAUGAUUUAUAUAUGGCAUAUUUAUAUUGUACAUUCUGGAAAAAUAUAUAAAUAUAUAUUUAAAGGGGAGGUACUCUCUCCAUCAUUUCUAAAAGAUGUAUUAAGCCAAACAUGAGUGGAUAGCUUUCAGGGUGAUAAAACUACACGCAUACUCAUGCACACACAAAUACACACAUACACACAUUUAUAUAUACAUACACAUACAUACAUACAUAUAUAUCUGAAACAAUUGUGAUGUUUUGUUCAAAGCUGUACUUCUUGUGCAUGUUUACUUUAUUAGACUAGAAAGGCUACUGGCAUUAAUUAUUAAUACCAAAUAUUUUAGCCUUAAAUUAUUUGUCAUUUUAAAACCUGAUUUAAUGAUUUUUGCUGUUUAUGGUCAUAGGAGGUUUUCAGUUGUACUUUAUCAUAAGAAAGUCACACAAGUUUGUGCUAUAUAUGGCACUACAAAGUAAAAUCAUUAAAUAUUUAACAUAUAAAUUUUGAGCACUCCAGUACAUGAUAUAUCAUUUAAAUUUUCUCAUGCGUUUUCAAAAUUGCUAGUACUGGGAGGAAAUAAAUGUUGAUUAAUUUGAGAAUUUGAUCAUUCUUGGACUAAUUAUAUGUGGAAAUUUGUUUUGUAAUAAUCUAUUACAAAUAUGAGCUCUGAACAAAUACUGAAUUGUUCUAAUAGUCAGUGGCCAGGUUAUAUUUGAAUAUAUCAGAAUCUGUGUGAAAUUGCAUAGUUAAUGGCUAUUUCAAGCUGAAUCAAUUGGUAAUAUAUUCACUCUUUUUCUGGUAUUUUUGUUCAUUAAAAGAAAACAAAAUUUAUCUUUAAGGAAACAUGACAGUGCAAUGAAGUAGAUGAUAAAUAAUGCUUAAAAUAUGUAUGUCUAUUUGAGUCUCUUUUUUAUGCUGUUCUCUUGUUUAUGGCAUUUGCUGUAAGAGGAUAGACUUUUUUUUCACCUGGGGUUCCUAUCCCAGGCCUGUCAUUUACAGUUAAGGAGGUGUGUUUCAAAAGACCUGGGAAAAACUAACAUGAGAUGAAUUGAAAAUAUUUUACACAAUUUUUUUUUUUUGGUGAACACUGUUUUAUUUGUUUGGAUCCAUGGUUUACUCAAUUUUAGCAGUGCAAUUUUUCUAAGCCAAUGUUCAUUAGAGGGAAUCACAAUUGUUGGUCAGUAAAAAAAGAUUUGCAAGGCAGAGACUUUUAUGAAAAUUAGAAGGGCUCCUUAUCAAUAUACUAUAAGUUUUCCUAUAAAAUUUAUUGGGCAAUGCAAUGUAAGUUUGUCCAGAAUCAAUCCAGUUCUCACUAAUCUAUAAAUCACUAAUGCUUGGUUUGGACUCCUAUCAUUUCCUAUUUUUUAGCAAUCUAAUGGUGAUUUUAUUAUUGGAAAUUAUUAUAUUAAUAAUUAUGUUACUAACUAUAAUAUCUUCUGGCUACCUCUAUAUAAACCAAAUUCUGUAGGUGCAAACAUAUGCCAGGGAAUCAUUACUGGCACAAUGAUCAACCUUGAACAUUCAUCUACUGUGAAAUGAGCAGUUGCCCUAUCCCUUGAUCACCAAGUUUACUAGUUUCCUGGUUGUAGGAAAUGAAAUAGCAGGGUGAAAAAGAGGAAUAGAGGACAUGAUGUAUGUAUUAGCAGUGGAAGAAACUGCAUAGAUCAUUUAGUCCAACACUUUAAAGCUAAACAGAGCCAUAAUUCAUUUUGGAGAGUCAUUGUAAUUUGUUUUUGGUACCAAGAAGAACCAAAAACAAACUCUCUGAAUGUAUUCAUUCAUUCAACAAAAUCUCUGCAUACCUUCUACGUCCUAAACAUUAUUUAGUACCUGGAAAUUUGAGCAUGACUAAGUCUGAGGAGGUGAUUCUUCAUGAGCAGUGCAAACCAGUAGGAGAGGGGGGAAGAGACAGUCCAAAACACAAGAUACAAUUUCAGACAAUCAAAAUAUCAGUUAAGGGAAUGAAACAAGGGAGACACACUGAAAAAUGUGGAAUAAUAAUUGAUUAUUUUAGUAGAGAGACUGCCUUAGGGAGGUGGGUAAUACUUGAACAGAGAUGUGAAAAUGAGAAAGAGUUACUGUUGCCAACAUCAAUUAAUGCAAAUGAAUUAUAUUAUUUUUAUCUUUUCCACACGUGUGGGAAAGGUAUGAUUUCUGCAUGUAAUUGCAGUUUAACCCCUAUUUCUAGGUUUCACUCUACCCAGGAAAAUUCUUUAUAUCUGUUAUACUUGUGUAAUUAGCACUCCUUUCACUAUUAAAAUGUCUUGGUUUGGAUGAUGUAUGGUAAAGUUUAUGUUCAAAGUAACUAAAUUAUGAAGUAUGAUAUAUUUGCAUAAAAAUAAAGAAUUGCUUUUCUUCUCCUUUUGCUGAUUUUUUGACACAGAUCAUUCCAAGCUAAAUCAUCUGUUUCAUAUAUUUCAGCCUGAAGGAUUUCGUAUUGAAGUGGUUUCAUGUAACAUUUAUUCAGUCAGUAUAUGAAAUGUGUCAGCAGUGAAAUGUUACACAUUUUAUUGAAUGAAUAAUAAAUAAACCUCAGUAUUUCCCUUUCAAGAAGUUGUAAGAGCUUAAAUCAAGGAGAGUAAAAGUCAAUUUAAGCCAGAAUAAUUUUUAGUCCACCAAUGUUGUGGCUAGGAAAAAACAACAUAAUGUAAUCAUUGAACUGAGUAACUCUACUUCCCAACUGGAAAUAGACCCUUUUUAUAAUAUUUUCAUGAGAUAGCUCUUAUUACAGUAAAAUACUUAAUUCUAUUUAUCAAGAUGUUGUAAAUAAAAGAAAUAAUUAUUUUGAUAAUACUUAUCUUCAAUUUAAAUAUUUAUUCUUUUCAGCAAUAUGUGAGGACACUUUGUAAAUAUAUACCAAAUGAAAAAUAGGAAUAUUUUAUCAUUAAUUAUUUCUGAAAAAAUUCUUAUGAUGUUUUAAAUUUAUUUACCUAUAGACAUAAAUACUAUGAAAAACAUUCAAUGUCUAAGUAUUUGAAAGCCGUUUUUUGUCUGGACAGGAUGGGCUCACACAAUAUAUUAUCUCUAUUGGAGGGAGACUGAGGUCAUGGAGAAGCUGAUUUACAUUUGAUUUGUGUUCUGGAACCUUCUGCCAAUCCUUACUAUGAAGAGGGUUCAGCCUGACUGUGCAACAUGUCUAUGAACUCGACUUCUGAAUUUAUGCUUGAAUUACAUUGUACAUAUUAAAACUAGUAUCAAAUUAGUUGUACUUUUUGGCAUGCAAUCUAUAAUUAUUGAAAUGUAUAAGAUUAUUUAAGUUAUGAAAUUAUAAAUUCAUUCAAUACUGCAAUUUC